AUGCAGGUUCCACCCCUCUCUCCUGCGGUCUACUUCCUCCUGGCGCUACCCAUCCUUGCGCUACUCCUGCGUGCGCGCCACGGCCCCAGCCGCGAGAAGGUCAUCAAGCCCACCGAGGAGCGCGUCGUCCUCCUCGGUGCAUCGUCCGGCGUUGGCAAGGAUCUUGCGCUCGCCUACGCCAGGCGCGGCGCCAAGAUCGUCCUCGUUGCUCGCAGAGCCGCCGCCCUCGAGGCCGUCAAGGAGGAGUGUGUUGCCCUCGGCGUCGCUGCCGACCGCGUCCUUGUCGUCCCUGCGGAUAUCCGUUCCCCGCCGGACCUCCUUGCCGUCCGUGACGUGGUUGUUAACAGCUGGGGCGGUCUCGACACACUGCACAUUCUUGCGGGCGUGCCCUCGACUCGCACGCUGCUUCAGAUUGCAGGCGUCGACCUCGUUCCCGAGCCGCGCCCUGUCGUGCCCCGUCCCCGUCUUGUGCCGGCCGAAGACUUGGCUUGGGUUGGCCCUGGUGGAGCCUAUCACUCGGCGACACACCUCCCCACUGGCGCCGGCCUCGAGGCUCUGGCGGCCGAGGCGCGCGCCUGCUCCGAGAUCAACUUUGUCGGCACUGUGCUCGCUCUCGCGGCCUUCAUUCCCGUCCUGAUCGUGAGCUCGGCCUCACCCGCCGUGCACCACCUCUCGUCUGUCGCGGCUACCAUCGCGGCUCCCAGACGCUGCAUCUACAGCGCGACCAAGGCUGCGGCGCUCAUGGCUGUCGAGAGUGCCCGCGUGGAGUGUGAGGGCGCCGGUAUCCGCUUCUUCUCUCUCCUUCCCGGCACGAUCGACAACGAGUUCCGCAGGAAGACCGCGUUCUCGCACAACGGUGGUAACUGCGAGGUCCAGGCUGGCGUCAAGGCCGGGUGGACUGAGAAGCUCCUGCUCCCGCCCAAGAAGGUCGUUGACACGAUCAUUUCCCAGCUCGCCCUCCCGACUGCGCCCUACCCCGUCAUUCCCUACCCUCCGUUCUCGUGGGUGUCUGGCCUCCGCGCGCCCCCCAAGUCGCAGUUCUACCUCCCCUACACGUAUAAGCUCGCAACGCUGCUGAGCCUCACCCCGCUUGGGUACCUGUACGUCGAGCCCAAAGCGCGCCAGAAGUAUGGUCUGCGCCCAUAG